GAGGAGGAGGCUCUCACUGACCAGCAGCUCUCUAACCAGGAAAACACUUCCAGUCUGGACCAAGACGAACCAGAAUCCUCACAGAUUAAAGAGGAACAUGAGGAUGUCUGCAGCAGUCAGCCUGUAGAGAAGCUGGAGGCCGAUAAUACUUCACGGUGCCUCUGUCUUACGAGGACAACGACCAUCUCCCUUCUCACAUCUCUGCUGCUGCUGAGAGCCAAGACUGGGGAAACAACCUCUCAGAUCAAGACCAGGAGGAAGCCGAGACUCUGCAGAUUAAAGAGGAACAUGAGGAAGUGUGGACCAGUCAGGAAGGAGCGUCUUGUACUAAAGGAGGAGACUGACUAUAGUGAAUCAGAACACAACGGCUCCUCUCUGCGAACUUUCUCGUAGCUGAGAGCCAAGAUCAGGGCGACUCAGGGUCAACUAGAUUCACAAAACUUGAGCCAAAGAAGAAUCAUAACAGAGACAUAAGUAAAGAGUCCUGUGUUAAAAAUCGGAGGAGGAAUAAACGCCAGAAAAAAAACAGGACCGAGGUCGUACACUUGCAAAGCGGGAAAGAUUUCACCCCAAGCGGUUAUUUAACGAACCACAUGAGAAUUCACACGGUGUGAGGCCGUAUCCAUGCAAACAGGUGGUAGAAGCUUCGGUCAAAGUGGUCACUUAACCGUUCACAUGAGAGCUCACACGGGGGAGAAACCGUACCCUUGUAGAAUAUGCGGCAAAAGCUUUAGCCAAAAAAGUCCAGAGCUUCCACACAACCAGGAGAGUAACUUCAGUCCGGUCCAGGAGGAACUAGAGCCACGACAGAUUAAAGAGGAACCAGAAGAACUCCUGACCAGUCAGGAUGGAGACCAGCUUUCACUGAAACAGGAGACUGAUUCCAUCACGGUGACUACUACUAUUGGUGAAACUGAACAUAGAGAAUCAGAGCAAGACCAGCUGUUCUCUAACAAACCUCUUAAAGAACAGGAAGGAAGCCCACAUGUAGACCCAGGAUCAACUGUAAACAAUGACGACAACAUGUCAGAGAGUCAGUGUAAUAUUAACGUAGCUAUGGAGUCUGUAGCAGAGACGUUUUCUUGCAGCGUAUGUGGGAAAUGCUUCACUAGUCAUUAUUAUUUAAAUCGCCACAUUAAAACUCAUUCCAUUAAGAAGCGAUAUUCUUGCACAACGUGCGGGAGAGUGUUCGGUUACCAUAACAAUUUGACCGUCCACAUGAGGACGCACACAGGCGAGAGGCCAUACAGUUGCACAACUUGCGGGAAAAGCUUCAGCCUCAGAAGUACGUUGAAGGUCCAUUUGAGAACUCACACAGGUCAGAAGCCGUAUUCGUGCGAAAUAUGCGGGAAGCAUUUCGGCCACGGCAGCAGUUUGAAAAGCCACAUGAGAAAGCACACGGGUCACAAGCCGUUUUCCUGCAAAAUAUGUGGCGAAUGUUUCAGCUACGGCCAAAGUUUGACCAUUCACGUGAAAACUCACACAGACAAGAAGCCGUAUCCUUGCGAAAUAUGCGGGAAGAUAUUCAGCUACAAGAAGAGUUUGAACGUCCACAUGAGCAUCCACGCGGGGGAGAAGCCGUAUCCGUGCGAGAUAUGUGGAAAAUAUUUCAGUCAAAGCCGUAGUUUGACUCUACACAUGAGAACUCAUGUGGGUCGGAAGCCAUAUCCUUGCAAAGAGGCGGAAAACGUCCAGUUACAGUCAGAAUUUGAUUGAGAACCCACUCGAGGAGGAAGUCUUGGACCUGGAAUGACUGAAAAUAACUAAAUGUCUGGAAGGUAAAACUUGAAGAACUAUGUGAGAAUUUGUGCAUGUGAGCUGGUGUAAUAUCACUUUUUGGUUUAAGUUCUCUUUCAGACGAUGAAUGUGUGAGUUUUUUGCGUAUCAUACUGGUGGGAGGUGAGUCUCAGACUGUUUUAGACCUUUCAUUAACUUCCCACUUUGUGAAAUCCCAACACAAGUGUCCAGCUUUACACACUUGGCUGCUCAGUCAGUUUGUGAAUGUCAUAUUAUCUAAUGUUCUCAAUGCAAAAUCUGUGAAGUUUUCAUCCGUUUGAACGCUGUUUGCACAGAACAAGCUAAUUUGUGCCACUGGUUGCAACACUGUAACUGGAUUAUUUCCAUGUUUUACAUGAUUGUUCAAUUUAUUAUUUGCAGAAGAGGCUCCGUUUUGGUUUGUGCGUUCAUCAACAUCUUGGAAAAACAGUUCAUUAAAAAAAAAAAGAUGUGUAUCUA